CGAGUGAGAUCCCGAACGUGAGCAGACCCUUGUCAGCUCGUGAUAUCCAUUUCGUUCGUUGCUGAGGUCAGCUGUGUGGCGAACAACUUUGAGUGCUUUGGAUUUUGCUGAAUUUUACAACAUCUUGUUAGGGAAAGCGAUUUUAAUUGGAGGAUUUACAGACGGGAUUGCCGGGUCGGUUCGUUUCAUUUGAUCCACCAUGAAAAACCGUCUGAAAGUGAGCUAGAAGAAGGCUGGAAAACCAAGUGUGAAGUGCUGCUUCCUCGUCUCAGUGAAGUGAUUGCUUCUCUCUCCCAGAAUGAUGAGGUCCCCUGCGACCUCUCAGUGGGUCUGGCUGACCUUUUUCCUGGCCUUGGCCACCUCGUCAGCUUCACAAUUAAUCCCAUUUCCUGAAGGUCAGGCCCCAGACGGAACCCGAUACAAGACGGCCUACGAGUGCGAAGGUGAUCAGAUGUCCAUUUCUUGCGACCCUGACGAAACCAUCCAGGUGAUUCGAGCCAAUUACGGGCGGUUCUCCAUUGCAAUUUGUAAUAAGCACGGCUACACGGAAUGGAGUGUCAACUGCAUAGCCCACCAAACCACGAGGAUCCUCCAACGAAGAUGUGAUGGCGAGCAGGACUGCUCGCUUCCCGUGAAUUCCAAUAUCUUUGGCGGUGACCCUUGUCCAGGCACCAGGAAGUACGUGGAGGUGCAUUACGCCUGUUCCUCGAAACACCCCAUGGCCGAAGGCGUGUCCUCAACCACGCGUCGACUGCCCCCUUGGCUCCUCAAAGGACGCGCUGACGACCUUUGGAACGAGGAGGCUGAGAUCUAUGACCAGGAUUAUGAGAACUAUGAUGAGGGCCAAGCCAAUGCCCGUAAACCCAUUCUCAUUCAAUUGAACGACGGCCAGAAGACCACGACGAGCCCUGCUCCAUUGCGAAUUCCAAUCACCACCCCGAAAUCCACCACCACUGUGUCCACCACCACCACCACGUGGGAAACGACCACAUUGAUUGGCAUGGACGAGACGUUUCCGGCUAACGAGGUCAACGAAAUGGGCGAUGAGACUAAUGGGGUCAAACCCGAAGUCAUUUUGGAUGAGGUCAACACACUAGAGCGCGUGAGUUCGCCCAUGGAACAUAUGGACAUUUCGUCCUCGGAUGUUCAUGCCGCCAACAUCGAAGGUCAUGCCUGCCCUCCCGUGUUCUUCCGACAUCUCUACUGGAAUUGGACCCAAACCGGACAAACGUCCAUUCUACCUUGUCCCAAGGGGUCCACAGGACUGGCCAGUUGGCAAUGUGGAACUGACGGAGAAUGGUCCGUGCCCAAACCUGAUCUGGGCGAUUGCAAAUCGACCUUCAUGAGCAACCUUGAGGUGGCCGUCCGAAAAGAAGACCCGGAGGAAGUGAUUGUGUCCAAGUUGGUCCAAUUGACGGCACCACCCUCCCCAGACGCCUUCGACCCCGAGGACGAUCGUCCUUUGUUUGGCGGGGACGUGGAAGCGGCCGUCAAAAUCCUCGAGUCUGUGUCUAAUCGACUUCAGUACAAGCUUCAAUCCUUCACCCGUGAUCAUCAGUCUUCCAACGUCCUGUACAACAAACAGUCUCAUGUGCAGCAGAUCUUUCAAAACGUUCUACGAGCCUCCAGUCAUCUGCUCAGUGAUGCCAAUCGUCAAGUGGUCUGGGGGGACCUCAAGAACGUGUCCCGGGUGAAAAUGGCCUCGGAGCUCAUGCAAGUGGUGGAGUCUCAUGCCUUCCUUCUCUCUGAGGUAAUCCCGGACAAGGAUGCUGGAGAGGUCAUCACCGAGUUGUCCAACGAAAUCAGCAUGUCCCUGUCUGUUAUUGACACACGGAGGACGGGGAUUUCAUCGGAAGAAAGACAACAAGCCUUCCGUGGGUUCGGGAACGACUCGAUUUACCUGCCAUAUCCAGAAGCCAAUCAUCCACCAUCCCUAUUGAGAACUGUGUUCUUCUCCUACAACCAUCUCCACGAGUUAUUUCGAGGCAGUGAAGCCGGAGUGUUCGAGCAUUACGAGCUGAACUCGCGGAUCGUUUCGGCCUCCUUCCAAAAGCCGAGAUCCCUCAUGGACCCGGUUCGAUUGGAGUUGGCCCAUCUGAAAGAGGUGUGGUCCAGUGGUGGGGGAAGUGAGAAUGUAUGCGUGUUCUGGGAUACGGACGCCUCCACUUGGUCUCCAGAAGGGUGCUACGUGAUCGAGAGCACUGCCAAUGCAACCGUUUGUGCCUGUGAUCAUCUGACCAGCUUUGCUGUGCUCAGUCCCAAAUCCAGUGUAGGAGUGGCACGUGUACCCACUGCUGGAACGGACACUGCUCUCCUCAUGGAGAUUGUGAUAUGUCUUCUGGCCGUGAUUUUCAUCGUUCUGCUCGUGCUUUUAGCCAUGAGGUUCCGAAGAAGUUUCAUCAAGUCGUGCUGCUCGUCGAUGGCGAAAGGCGAGGGUUGCUGCGUUUUCUGCCGUUCUUACCGAGAACGUUGCCACCAUCACGAUAUCAACUCGUCCAAGAGCAAGCCCAUGGGUGCUUCUUCUUUGGCCAACAACAACGACGACAUCAACAACAAACAAAUGAAGCUGAAUAUGGCUACCAUUCGGGGAGCAGUAGCAGCUCCAGUUCAUCCGCCCCAUCAUCCAGUCCCGCUUCUUCAGCCACAUCUGGGCACCACAGCACAUCCGUCCCGCCCACUUCUCCCCCACCAGCCUCCAAAACUGGACGCCCCACGCCACUUCAUCUCCUCCACCACCACAACCAUUUCUCGCCCUCCGCUUCACCAAUCCAUGGACGAGCUCUCCAAUCUACCGCACACUACCCUCCGGCGCCACCCCACAGGUCCAACGGGUACCACCCUGGGGGGCAGGUCGGCGGAGUCAAUCAGCACCUCUAUUACCAUCAAUCCAUUCCCCAGUCCCAAGCACCGCCCUACACUCCCACGCCCAGCUGACAAUUACAGUCCCGGCGGCAGAGCCCAGGAAUCGAGACCGCCCACGUGUCCAAACACCUUCAAUCGGUAUGUCAUGAGCCCGCAAUUGGCUCGUCUAACCAACACCUUGAAACGCAAUUCUGAGUCGGGCUCGCCCAUGUCCACCCGUGAUCUCAGCUGUUCUACGGCUAGCUAUCAGAAUGUCUCGACGGACAUGUCAGAAUUGCCCACCACCCCGGAUCACGAAGACACCUUAUCCAACCACGUGUAUAUGGAGAUUCCUCACUUCUCUGCCGCUGACGCACCCACGACUGUCUGGUCACCACAGCGCAAGCCGACUUUCGCGCCCAAACCGCUGACCAGGCGCCAAAUUCAAAAUCGAAAAUCGGGGUCAAGACUACGACCCCAUAACCAUCGGUAUCAGGAUUCUGACGAAGACACUGCCAGCGACCUACACAAUCUCACGGACUUCAGUGAAGACGAGGAUAAGAUCGUGGAGACCUCGAAUAGCGAUAUGAGUGGCCGAUCAACUUCUUCAUCUUCGAUGGGUGGACACCAGUCUUUAGGUUUGGGAGGCAACCGUUUGAAAGGCUGGUCUCCAGCUAUGAAAAUCAAAGGCCAGCCGAGAAAACAGUCCUCAUUGGCACGAGAUGAGACCAAGUUCAAUCCAUCCGAAUUCGACUUCAAUGGAAAAGUGACCAUAAUCUGAAAGUACCGCAAUAACUGAGAAGAAGGAAAGUGCAUCUUUGUGAUAUCAAUCAUUAUCCGCCGUGUUGUCAUUGUCAUGAAGCCUGUUCAAUCAAUUUUGAGAUAGCCCAGAAUCUUAAUCGCUCAAAGUUGGAACCUGUUGUGUUGCCAUCUCCCUUAUCCAAUGAUUUUAAGAGCAGUUUUCAAAUGAACUCGGAACUCCCUUUACCGCAUCUCAAGAUUAAGUGUUUUAACCAAAGAGGAAGCCUAUUUUACUUAGCUAAGAAGAGCAUCAACAUGUUUAGUCUGUACUCCAUUCCAUGUGAUAUACUACUUUCAUUGUCCUGUUCAAAGUCGCUUUUAUAUCAAAUAUGUUGGUCUCGUAUACGGAAGGGGGGAGAAACAAUGAUUCAGAAAUAUCUCUCCCCUCUCAUGUCAAUUGUUUGUACCUCGAGUCGUUGAUUUCAUGUCGAGUUAGAAUGAAAAUAAAUGAAGUUUAGAAAUUAAA